AUGACACCACACGUCCGCUCCACCUACCGCGCCAUCCUCCGCGAACUCCCCCGCCGCAGCCUCUCCAACCCAACGCCCCUCCAGCAACGCAUCCGCGAAGCCUUCCGCACAGGCACAAGUGCAGGCGCAGGCGAACAAUCUCCCACAGCGGCAGAUCCACACUUCGAGCAGCGGGUACAAGAGGCUGAGCAGAUGGCGCAGUAUGCUCGUGCGCAGAGGACGUAUGCUGCUCUUGUGGAGCGGUAUAACCCCGGCAUGACGAUGACGGAGAAGGAGAAGAUCCGGUUGACUGCUAGACGGGUGGGAUUUGAUUUGCCGGUUGCGGAGCAGGGUGGGAAGGAGUAG